AUGAAUGAGACACCCUCAGAACCACUGUCCCCCGGGGCAGAGGAAGAAGAGGAGGAUGAGCUCGAGGAGACUGAGAACGGAACGCCUGGAAAAGGCCACGGUCUGCGAGGAACCCUGCUGACCCGGCGGGGCAUCACACUGCGAGUGCUCCUCAAGGACAAGGUCAUCCAGGCCGGGGAGGGGCUGCUCUCCAUCCACUACCUGGGGAAGAAGUUUGUGGGAGACUUGCUGCCUGAUGGGAAGAUUCGCUGGCAGGAGACCAGCCAGGUCUUCAACUCUCCCAGUGCCUGGGCCACUCACUGCAAGAAGCUGGUCAACCCGGCCAAGAAGUCCGGGUGUGGCUGGGCCUCGGUCAAGUACCAGGGCCAGAAGCUGGAUCAGUACAAGACCAUGUGGCUGAAGAAACAGCGUCCGCAACUCCAGAGCCCCGAGAUGCAGAUCCUGGCCAGCGAAGGUGAAGAUGAGGAACUGGCCGAGGAGGAAGAUUACGAAACCCGGGAGAGCAAAAUUCCCAAAGUGGACGGAAUCCCGGGCAAGAAAGUGGAGCAAAAGAUCAAAAAGCUUCAAGCUAAGAGCUCUCGUGACAUCAGUCUAACAGAAGACAACGGGCAAUAUGGGAAGAAGCUGGAAAGCAAGGACCGGUGCCCUGUUCGAUACUCCAGCCUCGGAAGCAGAGACUCAGGCAGAGAUCCCCACACACUGGUCGAGUUGAUGUCCUUUACCUCGGUGAAUAGAUUUCAGCCCUUCAACGUAGCAGUUUCCAGCAAUGUCCUGUUGCUGGUGGAUUUCCACUGUCACCUGACGAGGAGCGAGGUGGUGGGGUAUCUGGGGGGACGAUGGGACACGAGCACACAGUUGUUGACUAUUCUCCGUGCGUUUCCGUGUCGGGUUCGUCUCGGGGACAAGGAUUCGGCCUCCGCAGUGGAAGAAGAGAUCUGCCAGAACCUGUUCCUGCGAGGUUUGUCACUGGUGGGCUGGUACCAUAGCCACCCCUUCAGCCAGGCCCUCCCCUCCCUCCAGGACAUCGACUCCCAGAUGGACUAUCAGCUCAAGCUGCAGGGCAGCACCAACAGCUUCCAGCCAUGUCUGGCUCUCAUCUGUGCACCGUAUUACCAUGGCAACGCCGAGGUGGAAUCUAAGAUCUCUCCCUUUUGGGUUAUGCCCCCUCCAGAGCAACGAUCGAAUGACUAUGGUAUUCCGAUGGAGGUGGAGAUGACCUUUGUGCAGGACGCGUUUCUGACGCCAGAUGUCCUGCAUGAAAUGAUGUUGCUGCUGGAAUACUACAAGGCAGCCCCAGACCUGGUGAAGUUCAAGGACAAAUGGCAGGAGGAGAAAACCUACCUGGACAAAGUUAAAGGAUCGCUGGCCACCAAGACACCGAAAGACCAAAUGUUUGCUAAAGUGCUGGAGCACAUUUAUAACCAGUUGGACAACUACAGUUAAGUCACCCGCCCGCCCGCUUCUCUACGUCCCAGAGAGCACAACGAGCGACAGAGGAGCUGGUUGGUGAUCAACCAUUUGGACAACUAUUUGGAAGAGAUUAAGACCUGCACCUUAUAUGAUCAUUCCACAACCCCCCCAAAAUGUUCCCUAAAUUUUCAACCAGACUUUACACACUUACAAACACCAAACCUCUCUCUCCCCCCCCCCC